AUGUCUUCCGGAGCGCAAACAAUCGAAACUCGACUGUCCGAGUACGAGCGCAAAGCACGUGCUGUCUGCAUCGGAGUCAAUCAUUUGGCCUUGGAUACCGAACGCAUUCAACAAGAAGAAUUGCUGAAGAAAGUGAAACAGCUAGAACAGGAGCUGAAGGAUGCUGUAUAUCAGAAGACUAAUUUACCACAGCGUGCAUCCGACGUCCGAAACGACGUGAAGUGCAACUCGGCGGCACUGCGAUAUUUGGAAGCCAUCUCCCAGCUUGAACGUUCCUUCACGGUUCUCACAGAGAACAUUUCUGAGACAUCUGUGCAAUUGAGCAGUCCAAAGGCAUUAUCGGAAUCGGUACAUGUGAAGAAGGAACUCGGCGGUACGGUACAAAGCUGCUGGAAUUAUGUGUCUCAUUUGUCUCGCCUGACGCAAGUGCACAUACGCAACGCGGCUGAGUAUCAUCAGUUCCACCAUGCUGUCAGUGAAGUGGAAGCCAAUCUGAACAGAAGGAUGAAGCUAACUCAGCCCGAUUAUGCCCGAACACUUCCAGACGACUUGAGUGGUUGCCACAUGUUGGCCAAUGAACUACGGGAACAUUUGAAUCACAUGAUCAACCUGUGGGCUCGAACAGGUCGUCUGUUGGAAGAGAGUCGACGAAUUGUGCCAGUCUAUUUACGUUUGGGUGGAGUGAAAAAUGGUCUUAGCGUGAACACACAGUCACCAAUAACCGUGAUGGCUAGAACACUGAUCUCGUUAGCCGGACCGAACUAUGAAUUGGCCGAGGGCGAGGAGGUGCGAAUUAUCAGUAACAGCGAUGAUCCACACUUUUGGAAGGUGCACACGAGCAGUGGAAUCGCUGAGGUCCCCUCCGUCUGUCUGUGGAUUUCGGAUCCGGAUUUGGAAGCCGUCAAGAAAGCGAUCACAGUACGCGAGAAGUGUAUCGAAGGGUGGGAACUGUUGGUGGAACGCAUGCGGGAGCGUCUACGAAAUCACUACAUUCGUCUGUUAAAUCGAAUGAUCAAUGAUGGAGAAAUCACAUACACAAACAAACAGAUGAUGCAAAAAUUCCUGCAAGAUUUGGACAGCCUGUGCACGUCAUCUGAUGCAACCGGGGCCGAGCUAAAACAAACUGUUGAUCGAUUCACUGAUCGUCUCAAACUGAUCGAUCGCGGUGGGACCGCAGGACGACGGCCCUCAUCCGAGAGUGGAAUCACACUACGUGAACAGGAUAUUGUGGCUAUGCACAGUCCGUUGCUACGUCUCAGAGAUCACGAGAACCAAAUGGAGAGUCUGCAUGUACAAUCCCAGUUCUUAGGACAGCACAUGACUCACUACUUGCAAGAUAUUGACGCCGAUCGAAAACGACUGGACGACGAAUUGGCCAUUAUGAGCGAACUACAACAGGAGCAUCAAAAACAACUGGAACAUUUGAUAGGACGGGUGCGACGAUGGAGUAGUCGAUACGACCGCAAAACUACUGCGGAUUAUGGAACCGUGGAUUCGGGUGGAACAUCUAGUUUGCGAUCUAGCUCCCGAUCCGAUAGUGGAUGGCGAAUGGAGGAUCCGAUUGGCCACAUGACUAAUACCACAUCGUGCCAAACUGACGAACAGCCAUUCCACGGUAUGCGCGCUAAAAGCCGUGGAAUGUUUGAGGCAAUCACACAGACCGGUGUAGUUCAUUCAGAUGCGCACAUGCAGGCGAACCUAAUCGAUGAGGAUAUGAUUGCAUCAGUCAAACAGUCCCGUGUGCAAGAAGCCCUGGUGGCAGCACCAGCUCCGCGUGCUAGCGCAGACGCAUUCUGCCAGAUUGGUAUAAUCCAGAGCACACUACACACCCAAACAGACGAUGCUCUGUUGGACUCCUGGUUGUUACAACGUCAAAAGCAAGAUGCGCAGGCGGUCAAACCACUCACCGGGAAGUCUCGUGAUGCGGUUUGUCAAAUCGGUAAGGUCACCGUCACAAAUGCGGUGCAAACAACCGACUUGGAACUGCCUCGCAAAAUUUCGUCCACAACAGAAAAAACUGACGUCACAACGCAGAUCGGUUCAAUGGUAAGAACCCAGGGAACUCAAUCCGAGGAUGCCACUGUGCAUACAGAAUUAGUGCAACAAGUCCGAGGUAAACCGGUUACGCAAGCUCUUGACGCAGCCACACAAAUACAGAACGUGACUAGAUCGGAGACAACACAAGCAGAUCUCAUAGUAAAACAGCCGAAAUCGGAUAUAGUCGACAGUAACGUGGUGUUCGAUCAGGGUGCUGGAAAUUACAAUGUGAGUACGCAAUUUGUUUCCACUAAUACGAUGAGCAAACAAGCAUACAGUGUGCAAACACAGAUCGGAGUGAUAAAAUCCAGUCAGGGAGCACAAUACGAUAUGCCUGUGAGACGAGCAAAAUCUAUGGAGACCGUUUCAUGCCAAACAAGAGAUUCUCUAGUUGAGGAUGAACAUGUAUAUCACGCAACGGAAGAGCAGAAACGAUUGAAGUCGGUGUACAAUGUGGAACUGCAGACUGGUCCGGUGACAGCCAGCAAAGAAGGUCAAACAGAUGUGAUUCAAGAGGUGAUAACCCUAGAACAAGUCCAGGCUCAAGCGCGAGCACCUGUGCGCAAUACACAGGAUAUGAGUGUGCAAAAAAGUGCACAAGUCAUGGACGUAGCCGCACAGAUCGGAUUUAAAUCUCAUCCCGAAUCGAUUCAAACAGACCCAUGGGUACCACCUCGAAAAGUGGCCUACGAUGUGCAAGUGCAAAACGGUGUAAUGACACGAGAUAGACAAACUGGUGCUGAUCUUUUGGACCCGGUGAAACCAAGAAGCAAGAGUUAUGAUGUGCUGACUCAGGUCAUGAGCACACAAACCGAAGUCGAGCACAAACCCACAAUAGCGAAGUACGAGUUCGGUGCUCAAGUCGGUUUCGCACCCACCAAAUACGACGUCGAGGCACAAUCAGGCAUUGUCAGUCAGGUCAUAAGCACACAAACAGAAGUCGAACGGAAACAAAUUGUCGCGAAACAAGAAGUCGGCAUGCAAGCCCUACUCCAAACUACCAAAUACGAUGUUGAAGCUCAAUCAGGCAUUGUCAGUCAAGUGGAAAGCAUACAGACCGAGGCGGAAAUCAAACCAAGAGCACUCGAUACAACUGUAGAAAGCGAAGAAAUGAUACAAGUUGAUGUGGUCGCCCCUGUGCAAAUGCUCAAACCGGAAACACCUAAAGAUGACGCGCAAGUACAAGCACACAUAGCUCCGACCAAAUACGAUGUCGAAGCUCAGUCUGGAAUUGUCAGUCAGGUGGGAAGCACACAAACCGCUCCUGAGGUUAAGGAAAUUGUGCCAAUUGAGGACUCUCAUGUGCUGCACACAGAAGCAGCGCCAACGCCGGCUAUAAACAAAAAACUACAAGUCGCCUUGGGACCAGAGACAAUAGAAGAAAUUAUACAAACCGAAACAGAGUACAAACCGACAAUAGCGAAAUACGAUCAAAUCGGAAGCACACAAACCGCCGCUGAGGUGAAACCGAAAGUCCAAAUGACCGACAGUGAGGUUCAAUGGGCCACAACACCAGCCGCAUUCGACUCAGUCAUACAAAGCGAGGAACUGAUCCAAGUAGAUGUGGUGGCACCCGUGCAAAUGCUAAAACCCGAGACACCAAAAGAUGAUGCAGCUGUACAAGCCCAAAUUGUACCCGCCAAAUAUGACGUCGAGAUGCAAUCUGGUAUUGUCAGCCAGGUAGGAAGUACACAAACUGCCGAAGAGGUCAAACAAGUCACUCCGAUCGAGGAUCAGAGCGUGAUUCAUGCAGACAUUUCACCUUCAGCAACAAUCAACAAAAAGUUACAAGUUGCUCUCCAACCACAAGCAUCUGAUGCCAACAUUCAAGCCGAAUUAGCUCCUGAUCGUUACGAUGUUGAGGUUCAAUCGGGUAUUGUCAGUCAAAUCGGAAGCACACAAACCGCCGCUGAGGAUCUAGUAUUUGUUGACGUAGCAGCACCAGUUCAAGCAAAGAAACAGCCGGAGCAAAAAGAGAUUGCCCUGCAAGCAAGCAUAAGUCCGGAGAAAUUCAAUGUUGAAGCUCAACUGGGUACACUUACCCAAGUCUCUAGCACACAGACAACAAUCGAGCAAACCAAACCGCAUGAGAUGUACGAUGUGGAGUCUCAGUGUGGCAUACUAACUACAUCUGUAGCCCAGCAAACCACAGAAGAUUUCAAGGACACAGGGGUAAUAAAUAAAAAGCUACAAGUGGAACUAACACCGGUGAAUACAUCGGUCGUUGUGCAGACCGAUCCGGAGGUGACUACACUGAAACCCACAGUACAAAUGGAGAAUGUUGGAGUGCAGUGCAUUCUAUUACCGUCCCGGUUUGAUGUUGAGGCUCAAUCUGGUGUUAUUAGCCGUGUACAUGAAACACAAACUGUCUUGGAUAAGAAGCUACCCGCGCAGACUGAUGACACGUCGGUGCAAUGGGAUGCUUCUAUUGCUGCGUUUGAUUAUGCCAUCGAAUCAGAUCACACAGCACCGGAUGCUAUUCCCACAGUAGAAGUGGUCGCACCAAUCCAAGCCGCUCGACCAACUGUGUCCACUAUGAAUGUUGGUACGCAAGUUUCAGUUCAUCCGGACUUGUACAACGUGGAAACGCAAUCUGGAGUCAUUUCAAAAAGUGCCGAUGUUCAGACUGUACAGUUCAUUGAGGACACCAGACUAGCACAUGCACCAUCGACCGAAAGGGCGGUAGUGAACAAAAUGGUACAAGUUUCCCUCACUCCAGCAGAAAGUGAUAUGGGUGGUACUCAGUCAGCUGAUAGCCACACCACCACUGUUUCGUAUCUGGUUCGCGGGGACCGGAAGGACUUUAGUGUGCAGGCAAUUGUAACACCGGACUGCUAUGACGCGGAAACCGAGUUCGGCAGAAUCAGUCAGUCAACAAGCACACAAACCGAAGCUACCGGGUCAGUGGACGACACAUUAGUAAGUCAUAGAAUAGAAAAAACUGCCAGCCAGAAACCAACAGAAAAGAAGGAAGUUCGUAAUGCGAACUUGCAAACAGAUAUCAGCACAGUGGAUGUAGCGUCCUAUGUGGUGAAAGAAUUACAAAUCAGUUGUGAACCGCAACUAUCAGACGCGUUUGUGCAGAGCGACAUACCAGUAGUUACGUCCUAUGUGUGUGCAAAAUGUCAAGGUGGCAAGAAGACUGAAGCGGUGUCAACAAAGAACAAGAAAUUCCAAGCAUACAGUCCAGGUUCGGAUAUGGCCGUACAAACGGAGCAAGAAAUUCGCAUGGAACAAACCAAUAUGGUACAGGCAGUUGAAACCGAGCUGGUGGAUAGCAUAGUGACAACUGUCUCGUACGAAGAACCAGACGCGUUAAGCAAUAAAAAGUUGCAAGUCCUCACGAGAUCCGAAGGUGUAAACAGUGCGGUACAAACUGAUUUGUCACCGACUGAGAGGACACAGCCCGAUUUUAUGUUGAUUGAUGCAGGACACCAAUUCCAAUCGGUCAACAAAACAGAAUCGCUUCCAGUGCAAUCUAUCGCACCAGUGACAUCUGGUGUGCCUCGAUCCUCGAUACUGAUCAAUGUCGCGCAAGACUACACAACAGCUAGCAGAAACAAAAAACUACAAGUCUCUUCAUUCGAACCGGAAGGAAACAAACCGCUCAUGGUGAACAAAAAGUUGCAAAACCAAGCAAAACAAGAGGAAUUCGGGGUCCAAACAACUUUUGAGAACCAUCUAAUCGAAAAGCUGGCGACAGCUGAAACUCGAAGUGUACCGCUGAUCAAGGUGGACGCAGAGUGUCAAGCCAAGGUUACUCAAUUUGGAAAGAAAAUGCAAUUUAGCCCAGUUGGACAGGAGCAAUCGUGUCAGUCUGAUUUCCCGGCUACAGAGACACAUGGAUCAGCAUCGAUUACAAUCACUCCGGCGACACCCACGCCCGCGCCUACGCCUAGUUUCAAACCGAGUGUAGAUGAGCAAACGAUGACCAAUUCUGUUUCUGUACGACAGAUAGGCACAGAAAUGGUGGAUGCUUCGUGGAUUAGUCAGAUUAACAUCGAUCUGGUAGCUAGCGUACAACAACAACCACAACAGCGUUCAGAGCAACAGACCCAAAAUGUGGUGGACGAAAACCUUUUGUACGAAACUCCCAAGUUGCUUGAUUCGGUCGUUCAGACGGAUGAAACUGUCCCCAAGUUAGAGGCGACUGUACGAACAGAAACGACAGUCUAUACAACGGAACGAAAAUCACGUGACCUAAAGGAUAGUGCAUGCGAUGCAGUCAAACCAACUUAUGUGACACAAAUUCUUCAGGCUGACGCGCCCGUUACAGGCAUUGAAGUGACACCACAGCUGCAGCAACACAAAAUGCCUACAUCACCCCCGUCAAUACGGGAUGUAAGUUUGAUGACUCCGAUGAGCAGCUUGCAGCGUGACUCUUACGUAAUGACCCACAUUCAAAUGGAAAUUCCCACACAGAAUAACUCCGUUCAGACAGAUCCAAUCACCCUAGAGGCUCCAGCAGCUGCUCCGGUCGUUCAGAAACGUCAUGUCAAGAUCCAGAAGGGGAGUUCGUGGCUCGAUUCCCGUCUGACAAGCACAGAGACUCAGGUGGAUCGUGAAUCCCCAGAAUCGAUAGUGAGCAGCCGUCGUAUGGAUGUGAUGGAUACCACGGAAUCAUAUGUGCACAGUCGUAACUUGUCCUCGGUAGUCGGUCGCGUAACUUCGAUCACCUCACCAACCAGUUCCGUACGAGAGAGAAAACCUCGACCACAUCUCAUAAGUUGGGGAGUGCAAUGUGCCCCGGUUACACUAGCUGGUGUAACACAAACCAUAGAAUCAGAAACCAAUGGACGUGGUGUAGGUAUUCGUCCGAGCACAACGGUGGCACCAGCGACUUCUGGACAAAGUGUUUCUGUACAAACCGAACAGGAGGCUCAGGAUGACGACUACUACAUCAAACGUGUAGUGACUACCAUUGCCCGAAGAGGCGGCGCAACGACACAUAGACGGCAAGCUCCUGUAGUACGGCAGGUGCAUUCGCGUGGUCAAGCUAAUCUACUUACUUCGAGCCUGCCAAGUAACUUGGACGAGGAAUUUUUAGAUGAUGAGGAAGAAUGGUCUAAUCCGAUCACAACGAAGAAAAUUACCACGACACAAGUGGAUGGAUCGCGUCGUAUGAUUAGAGAAGAAUUGAUCACAGAAGAAGCACGUGACAGAGGGCGUUCGUUAGAUUCGCGACUGGCACAACACGCGUUCCUCUCAGAACACGAGUUGCAUGAGGUUGAAAAUGUCGGUGCACACGAAGAGUUUGAAUCAGAUGCAGAAAACUGUUUCCGAAAUCUUCUUCGACAAUGGGGUCCGGUGUAUCUGAUGUCCAGAUUGUCAAGACAACGCGCAAGUUCCGCAAGUGUGGACCGCGAUUUGGGUGCAUUCACAACGCGAACUGGUCGCCUAGUAGGUGCAAGGACACAGUAUACAUCAACCGGUAGUUUGAUGGCACAACCCACCAGUCAGUAUCAGCGCACAGUAGAGACACAAACAACCGGACUGGCAACACAAACUCGUCCGCCACAUAAAAAUAAACGAAUACAGCGUGGAGAAAGUUACGUCGCUUGGACCGGUAGUCAGGAAUUUGCAUCCCCCGGUGUUGAAGGUCACACCACAUCGACUCGUCAACGUUCAGCACCUCCCGUUGGAAUGACCACAACCGUCACGGAGACUAUUCACGAGCAUUCAACUUACGGAAUCCAGGCCAUGUCUGAGGAGUUCACAUGUCCCAAAUGUGGUACAAGUGCACAGUUCCCUACAAUGAACACUUUAUCAACACAAUCGCAAUCAUUACCGAUCACACAACUACGGAACACACCAAGCCAGACUAAGUCACUGGGAUACUACACCCUAGAAAAUGAGGCACUAACUUUACCUGUUUAUCUGAGUGAUGAAGAGGUGUUCCGAGUCAAUCCUAUGCAAGAACUCAAAGACGAUCGACAAUUCUCAGUCGUAACUUGGUGUCCGGGAGAUGACCGGGACAGUGAGAAGUCCAGUGAGAGUGCAACAACCACUGACGUGCCACAUGACGAGGUCUGGGUUGAUAGUCCUGGAAAACUUUUGGAAUUGCAAGUAACCGGAGUAACUGUUCCCGGUACCAAUACUGUAAUUGGUGCAGCUGAAGCAUUCUAUCGGGGUCUAUUACGCGUGGUCUAUUGGGACUACACUAAAGUGGGGCCACGUCAGUCCUCUACCGAACUGGGAGUGGCGAUCCCUCUUGUGGAUGCGGUUAUGAACCACUCAGUCAAGUUAGCCACAGAUCCUGCUCAAACAAAGGCAACUCGGACAACUUCACGUGGGGAACAGACAACGCCCAUUUUGGAUGCACAUGUUGUUUGGACUACACCAGAAAUGAAUCGUAGCCGCUACGUAGUACACGCAGUGAUUGUUGGUGUACCAAGUGGUGGACGCCGAACGACUGCCAGUCAACAAACAGAAGACGAGUCAGCUACAAUUACACAACCCGAGUAUUUGACAGUCAAAGAAGCUAUUCGUCGAGGCAUUCUUGACGCUGAAUUGAUACAUCCAGCUUCCCCUUAUCACACAGGUGAGGAACAAUUGAGUGGACUGCAUAUGUUCUCCCCAUCCCAUAUGCAACAAGAUAUGGACAUUUGA